CAGUCGACAGGGCCGCUUCAGUUCUUGGAGUAGGAAGCUUGGGCGCUUCGGCUGUAAGGCACAGCGGCGGGGGGAAAAUGGAUCCCUUUACUAACGAUCUGCUUCAGCUCCCCAGGAAUAUGAUUGAAAACAGCAUGUUUGAGGAAGAACCAGAUGUGGUAGAUUUAGCCAAAGAGCCCUGUUUACAUCCUCUAGAGCCUGAUGAGGUGGAAUAUGAGCCCCGGGGUUCAAGACUGCUGGUGCGGGGUCUUGGUGAGCAUGAGAUGGAUGAGGAUGAAGAGGAUUAUGAGUCAUCUGCAAAACUGCUGGGCAUGUCCUUCAUGAACAGAAGCUCAGGCCUUCGGAACAGUGCAACCGGCUAUAGGCCAAGCCCAGAUGGGACUUGUUCUGUACCGUCUGUGAGGACCAUGGCGGUCUGUGUUUUUCUUAUUGUGGUUGCUGUUUCUAUAAUCAUGGUGAUUUAUCUACUACCCAGAUGUACCUUUACCAAAGAAGGCUGCCAUAAAAAAAACCAGUCAAUGGGACUAAUUCAGCCACUUGCAACAAAUGGAAAGUUGUUUCCGUGGGCACAAGUCAGGCUUCCCACCGCCAUUAUGCCACUACGCUAUGAACUUAACCUACACCCAAACCUGACCUCGAUGACAUUCAAGGGUUCUGUGACCAUUUCACUUCAGGCUCUUCAGGCCACGUGGAAUAUCAUUCUUCACAGUACAGGCCAUAAUAUUUCGAGAGUGACCUUCAUGUCAGCAGUUUCAAGCCAAGAAAAACAAGUUGAGGUCUUGGAAUACCCAUUUCAUGAACAAAUUGCCAUUGUUGCCCCUGAAACCCUUCUUGAAGGACACAAUUAUACCUUGAAGAUAGAGUAUUCGGCAAAUAUAUCUAGUUCUUACUAUGGGCUUUAUGGAAUCUCCUACAGAGGUGAAAGUAAUGAGAAAAAGUACUUUGCAGCAACUCAGUUUGAACCCCUGGCAGCAAGAUCUGCUUUUCCUUGUUUUGAUGAACCAGGAUUUAAAGCCACAUUUAUCAUCAGGAUCAUAAGGGAUGAGCAAUAUACUGCUUUAUCAAAUAUGCCUAAGAAUUCAUCAGUCAUCAUGGAAGAUGGACUUGUUCAGGAUGAGUUUUCCGAGAGUGUGAAAAUGAGCACUUACCUUGUUGCAUUCAUUGUUGGGGAGAUGAAGAACCUGAGUCAGGAUGUAAAUGGAACCCUGGUAUCUAUAUAUGCUGUACCAGAAAAGAUUGGUCAAGUUCACCAUGCCUUGGAAACAACUGUGAAGCUUCUUGAAUUCUAUCAAAAUUACUUUGAAAUUCAAUACCCACUUAAGAAAUUGGAUGGAGAACUGCUUCUAUCUCGAAGCAGGGAAGGCUUCACAAAGAUGUUUUUUGGAAAUGAUGACAUAUUAUUCAGCGAUGAUCCAGUGUCACUGAAGAGCCUUAACAGUUGCAUGCCGGGUUCGGAAUUAUUAGUGUAUGCUUCCUACCCUGGAGCUUCCCUCUUGUUGAUGCUGAAAACUUAUCUUAGUGAAGAUGUAUUUCAACAUGCUGUUGUUUUUUACCUGCAUAAUCAUAGCUAUGCAUCCAUUCAAAGUGAUGAUCUGUGGGAUAGUUUCAAUGAGCAUUUAUAUGUCAUCAAUCUUACAGAAGAAGUGCAGUGGGUCAAAGUCAAUACAAACAUGAAUGGCUAUUAUAUUGUACAUUAUGAGGAUGAUGAUUGGGAAGCACUAAUCAAACAGCUGAAAACAAAUCCUUAUGUCCUGAGUGACAAAGACCGAGCCAACCUCAUCAACAACAUCUUUGAACUUGCAGGCCUAGGCAAGGUAUCUCUUCAGAGGGCCUUUGAUUUGAUUGAUUACCUUGGAAAUGAGACCUAUACCGCACCCAUCACUGAAACCCUGUUCCAGACCGGCCUCAUCUAUAACCUCCUUGAAAAGCUGGGAUACAUGGAUCUGGCCUCAAGAGUGGUGACCAGGGUAUCUAAAUUACUUCGAAGCCAAAUCCGGCAGCAGACUUGGACUGAUGAAGGCUCCCCGUGUGCCCGGGAGCUUCGGUCAGUCUUGCUGGAGUUUGCUUGCGUCCACGGCCUCGAGAACUGCAGUGCCACAGCCAUGACGCUGUUUGAUGACUGGGUGGCCUCCAACGGAACUCAAAGGUGACGUGCGCUUCUGCUCAAAUGAGCUCUCUGCCUCUUCCUUACCUUGAUACCAUAUACU